AAUCAGUAUUAUCAACAAAUUCGUCCAAGCGGCUCACCGUAUGGAAAUACAAUUCCAUAUGGACAGCGGAUGCCUACGACACAUGCGCCUGCUUAUAAUCAACCAGCAAUGAACAUUUCUCAAGAUCCUAGAGUAUCAUCUGGAUCAUCAAAUAAUGUGGUAAGAAGUGGCACAUUCAGCGUUCAACCAAGAACACAAUAUCCCCAAUCAAUAUAUCCAAACCCGGGAUUUUAUAAUGUCCCUUAUGAUCCAAGACGACCACCACCACAACAGGCAUUUAAUGUUCAUGGAUUUCAGCGACCUAAUGGACCAGGGGUGCAACGUAUGGACGAUGUGAAAGCAUUAUAUGAUUACAAAACCACAGCGAAUGAAGAAAUACCAUUUCUAGCAAAUGAUGUGAUUGCAGUGUUGAGUACAAAUGCUGAUGGAUGGUGGGAAGGCGAAUUGCUUGAUGAGAGUAGAAAGAAGAGAGGAUUGUUUCCUA